AUGCCGCUGUAUGAGCUGACCCUGAUUUUCAAGCCUAUGUUAAAGGAUAAUCUCGCUUCUACGAUCAAACGAUGUUGCGUAAACUUGAUGCAACACGACGCUAUAAUAGUAAAGCUACAGAGUUUGGGGUAUCGAGAUUUGCCUUAUAAAAUGUCGAAGGAACAUCAGCGAUGCUCCACUGGAAGAAGCUUACAAAUGAUUGACGAGUUCGGUCGCGAUUCUGACGUGCUUCACUACUAUUUCCACAAAGUUGAAAAGCCGAUCGACCAAGAGUGCACUCUUGCUGAAGAGUUGGAGAUCCCCGCUUACCGGAAAUCUGUUGAAAAACUCAGGAAAAAGCAGCGGCUCUGCAAACUUGCUCGAAUUCAAGCGUACCUGAAGGCACAGGAUUUGAUGAAGAGAAUUCCAAAGUCAUUUCCAGUCGCUCCUGUUCACGAGUAG